UCAAAGAGACAGACAGACGCAUAGACUUCAGGAGGCGGCAGAAAGGGAAAAGCUAGUGAAACUUGACGGCACAUUUUAACAGCAGCGCAGAGAACAAACUGAGGUUUUCAUCAGAAACAAAGGCAUCAAAAUGCUGUUCCUCUUUGGAGUUAUUACUUUCAUCAUGACAGGGGCUCGUUGUGAGAAACCUGAGGUUCUCGUUGAAGUUGGCUCACAGGCUAUACUACCCUGUAAAAGCAGUGAUAUCUCCAGAGUUUCUCCUGCCAUCGUCUGGACUAAAGGUGACACAAGCACUGUUUGGAGAAAGACGAGGAGUGGUCUGCAGUCCUGGGGGUCGAAAUGGUCCAAUAAAGGGAACCUACGUGUGCGCUGCCCCCACUCCCAGUUUGAAAGAGGCGAUUACAGCCUGGAAAUCAACAACGUGAGCGAGGAGGAUGCAGGACUUUACACUUGCAAGGUGGAACAUAGAGGCCAAGUCACUGUAACCGAUGUCAUGCUCAGAAUUAUUAAAGUGUCCAUCUCUCCACCGUUUCCCGUCUGGGGAAACAACAUCUUGGUCACUUGUAAUAUUUUGCCUCGGCCCAGAGAUGCUUCUGUGCAGUGGAUGCUGAACAACAGCCCAUUUGUGCCUCGGAGUGCAAUGGCCACAGACAAGGCUGAAAGCGUUGUGACAGAGAAGGCGACCAUGAAACUGUCGGGAAACUGGACCUGUGUCAUAGGCUACGAGGGCAAAGAGGGGCGAGCUUCUGCCACUCUGUCUGUGGGAGGAAUUGUCCAACCACCCAAAGAAAAUACCAAGCUGUAUGCAGCUGUGGGGUCGGCUGUCACUCUCCCCUGCGUCUUCUCUAGCGGUUUAAUCCCUUUGAGUGCGACUUGGGAAAAAGUGAAGGCUGACUCUUUUUCGAAAUCUGCUCUGGACCAUCUUCCUCCAUCUUUUUCUCAAAACCCAGCUCAGUCCUCCUCAGACAAGUCUGCCAGGCUGAACGAUGUUGGAUUUGAGGAUGAGGGCGAGUACAGAUGUUCAGGGACCGUGGAAGGACAGCGACUGACUCAGAAUAUGCAUCUCGUCGUUGCCAAAAUCGUCCAGUCACAGAAAAAAAACUCUGUGGCGCUGACCUGCGAACUGAGCGAUGCCAGCGAGGUUACUGAGUACGAGUGGGUUCAUGUGAUCUAUGACCUCAACAACACACAGUCAAUUAGCGAUGUCCGGAAGGGGAAGACCCUCAGUAUCAAGGGGUCAGAGGAGAACUUCGGCGAGUGGACAUGUCGUUUCUCUGGGAAAGAAGGCAUUCUGGGGAAUGUAACGCACCACCUCCAACUGAUGAGUGGCUUGAGUGGAAAAGUUACAUCGAGUGUCUCUAAAAAUACCGGCGUCAUCGUCGCGCUCAGCUUUCUCCUCAUUGUUCUCCUGCUGGUUCUGGUUCAGGUGUACAAAAACCACCAAAGGAGGAAAAGGAUCUUCCAGUACCCCGCGCUGGAGACGAUCGUUCAUACUAUCUCCAAUGAGCGAGAGGAGAGAGAGAGGUCCCGCGUGAAAAAAUAAAGACACAUUAAAGCAGAGGCGCCGCAGCAUGAAAUCUGCACACCUUAUUGCCUGCAGCGCAUUGGGAGAUUUAGUUUGCACAGGUCAUGUACAUAUUUUCAGAGCAGAUGUUGUAGCAGUUUCGUUGUUUUUAAGAAAAUCUGAUGAUAUGCACAAUAUGAUUGUCAGUUAUUUCAGUUGUAAAUAUGUUUUAAUUGUUUCAUGUGAGUGAAAAACAAAAUGUUUCACAAAUAAAGUGCAUUGAAAAGAAA